AUGUCUGGAUCUGACUCUGUUGCUGCUGGUCUCGUCCAAGCCACGUCACCCGUCGAUGGCGUCAGGCUCCUCGCCCUGAACCGGUCCAGCAAGCGCAACGCGCUGUCCGGGCAGCUUAUCGCCGAGUUUCUCGGCGCGCUGUCCACGGCGUCGACCGACCCGGGCGUCAAGGCCAUCGUCAUCACCGGCAACGGGCCCUUUUUCUGCGCGGGCGCGGAUCUCAACGACAUCGCAGCCCUCGAUUCGGCAGGUGCCCGAUCGUGUCGCUACCUGGAGGAUCUCUGCUCUGGCGUGGCAGCCGUCCGCAAGCCCGUGAUCGCGGCCGUCAAUGGCCCAGCGUGCGACCUGAUUGUGGCGGCCAAGUCUGCCUACUUCGCCCUGCCCGAGACCCAGCGUGGCCUCAUCCCCGGCGCUGGCGGCACGCAGCGGCUGACGGCCGCGGUUGGCAAGUACAUGGCCAUGCGAACCAUCCUCCUCGGCAGGCCCAUUGCGGCCGAAGAAGCCCUGUCAUGCGGGCUGCUGUGCGACCUCGUGGACGACGGCGACCUGCUCCAGCAUGCCAUCAACGUCGGCGCCGGCCUGGGGGAGCGCGGGCCGGAGGCGCUGCAGUUUGCUAAAGAAGCCAUAUGCAGAGCUGACGGCCUCUGCCGCGACGAUCUCUUUGAGAGAAACCUCUACUACGCAACGUUCGGAACCGAGGAGAAGCGCAGAGGGGUCGACGACUUCCUGGCGAAGCGGAACAAGUCGGGCGGCAGCCGGGCCCAGCCACCCGGGGCCCCCAAUUAG